AGCUUGCUUAAACCUCAGUCAAAUUCUCUCUCUCUCUCUCUCUCUAAAUGCACACCAAAAAAACAGAGCAUCAAUCACCAUGGCAACCAACAAAUUCGCAUCAAUGGUGAAUAAACACACAAACAAGAUCACACUUAUUCUCAUCUACACUCUCCUCGAAUGGACACUCAUAACCCUCCUUCUUCUCAACUCAAUCUUCACCUAUUUCACAAUCAAAUUCGCCGAAUUCUUCGGCCUACACCCGCCCUGUUUAUGGUGCUUACGCCUCGACCGAUUCUUUGACCCACAAAACAAGAAUUCACACAGACAACUUCUAUGCAAAAACCACUCUAAAGAAGUUUCUGACUUAAAGUUUUGUUCAGAACAUGGAAAGUUAGGAGACAUUCAUGAUAUGUGUGGCAAUUGCUCAUCUGGGGUUGGUGAAAAAUCUGAUUUUUUUGUGGUUUGUGAGAAAAAGAUUGAGUUUUGUGAGAAAGAUGAGGUGGGUUUGAAGUGUUCUUGUUGUGGGGUUGAGUUUGAAAGAAAAGGGUUUGAAUUUGAUGAUAAUUCUUCAUGGGAUUUUGUUGGGUUUGAGAAAAAUGGGAAUUUGGUUGUUGAAUUGAUUGGAUCGGGUUUGGUGAGUGGUGAUUUGGGGGAAACAUGUGACCUUGAUCAUGAAAAUGAAGUUCAAGUUCUUCAGAAAGAAACAGAGGAAACAGGGGAUUUGAUUGUGUUUGAAAAAAGGGAAGAGUUAAAAUCUGAAUCACCAACACAAGAUCUUGAGUUUUUGUUUGAUUGCAGUGGAAAUCAGUUGGUUCCGGUUGAAUCGGUUGACGAUUUAGAGGUGGAUGAGGAUCAAGAAUUUGGGGAUUUUCAGAAAGCUCAGGAUGUGUCCGAAUCGAAAACCGAAAUAGUGAUAGAAGAAUUAUUGCAGGAGAAUCAAGAAACACACUCUGUUGUUCAAGAAACAGAUGGAAAAACAGAUGAAUUAUCUAAAUUUUCAGAGCUGGAUUCGAUGGAAUUCGAAGAAACCGAAAAUUCUUUGGUUUUUCAUGUGAAUUCAUGUGAUUUUUCUGAUGAAAGACCUGCAAUUUCUGAACCAAUCCAAGCUCAAUCUGAUACCAAAGAAGUUCAAGAAAUAGAGGGGAAUGAAUCAGAUCAUGAAGAAGCAGAAGUUUCAAUUGGGACAGAGAUUCCAGUUUUGGAUUCAUGUGAUGAGAUAAAAGCUCAAGAUAAUUUCAAUUUGUAUACAUUAUCACAUGAAGAAGCUUCAUCAAGUUCUCAUGAUUUGGAUUUUACUCUUGAAUAUGGUUUCGAAGAAGCUCAAGAAGAUGAAAAAUCAGAGGAAUUAAAGAACUUGAAUCAAGAAGAGGAUGCAUUGUUGGUGAUUGAAAGAAAGGAUUCAAUGGCAGAUGAAUCUUUUGAUGGAAGUGAAAUGGACGGUGGAGAUCCGAUUAACACAACCGAAAAGCUUAAAUCGGCUUUGCGAGCUGAGAGGAAGGCGUUACAAGCGUUGUAUACCGAGUUAGAAGAAGAGAGAAGCGCGUCUGCGGUUGCUGCUAGCGAGACAAUGGCUAUGAUCAACCGUCUUCAAGAAGAGAAAGCCGCCAUGCAAAUGGAGGCGUUGCAUUACCAACGAAUGAUGGAAGAACAAUCGGAAUAUGAUCAAGAAGCUUUGCAGCUUUUGAAUGAGCUUAUGGUGAAGAAAGAGAAGGAACUAGAGUUGUAUAGGAAGAAGGUGUUGGAUUAUGAAACAAAGGAGAGGAUGAGGUUUUUGACGACGAGUACGAAGAGUGGAACUUGUUCGGCUUCGUGUAGCCAUUCCGAGGAUGGGGAUGGAAUGUGGGUCGAUCUAAGUCACGAGGCAAAAGAAGAGGGUAUUCGUAAUGGGAAUCAAGAAAGCCGGAAUCUUAAUACGCAUGUUGACACCAUAAUGAAUCUUGACUCGUCGUUUGUGGACUUUGAGGACGAAAGGUUGUCGAUUCUUGAACAACUUAAGGUUUUAGAGGAGAAGCUUUUCACUUUGAGUGACGAAGAAGAUCGACACUUCGCGGACUUAAGGCAAAUAGAAAAUUACUUUGAAGAGAAUGGAAAACACUUAAAUGGGAUUCACGAUUACGAUGGUCAAGAAGUCAACGGUAUCACCAACGGGUUCCCAAAGGAACCUCUCGAGACGCGUUAUCAAGACCGAAGAUCUAUUGGUUCAACGGGAAAGAGACUCCUUCCUCUUUUCGAUGCACUUGAAACCGAGAGCGAUGAAGGUGUGAUCACAUCAAAUGGGCACGCAAAUGGAUUUCAUUCCAAUAAGGUGGAAGACGUCGCGGUCACAAGAUUUGAGUUGCAAAAGAAGAGAAUUGACAUCGAGGAGGAAGUCGAUCAACUUUAUGUAAGGUUACAAGCUCUUGAAGCCGAUAGAGAGUUCUUAAAACACUGCAUUGGAUCGUUAAAGAAAGGCGACAAAGGAAUGGAACUUCUUCAAGAGAUCUUGCAACAUCUACGCGAUCUUAGAAAUGUGGAUCUACGAGAAAAAAGUUUCACGGAUGGGACUCUAGUAUGAUCAUCUUCAAGACUACCUACGGUGCAUAAAAGGUACUUGGCUUAUGAAAGUGCUCAUAUUUGGAAAAGGCUAAGCUACCAAAUUCUUCUUCUUGUCUGAGUUUAAUUAAUCAUAUAUUGCUUUGGGGAAUUUAUUAUUAUUUUAUUUUAUAAGCCCAUUUUUUUCUUGUGGGUUGGUGCAAAUUCAUAUCUACCUUUUGAGGGGAAAAGGUGGAUGAUGAACUCUUGUGUUUGUUUCUUUUAGGAGUUAGGUGUAGUUUUUUUAGUAUUUUGAAUUUGUUUUGGAGUAGUAAGAAAGGGAAGGACCCUUUUCUUGAUUACUUCAAGUGUAAUUUGUAAAGUAUGUAAAAUGUUAUUUUGUUUAGAGUUAAAUAUUUUGUGUGUAAUCAUUUGUUGUA